UGCAAUCAUAAACAAAAUGGCGGACGAAAAACCGGUUUAUUGGUAAAAAAGAAAUUAUAUUUUAUUUUAACUAUUCGGGAGAAAUGGAGGGUCUCUACCAACAGACAAAUAGGCUCGUUUUACAAAUACAGAGUCAACUGAACAAACUUGGWAUCGUACAAGGAGAAAGUCUUGAUGAAUUGGAGCAAAGUAUUGACAACACGUUACAUGAGGUGUCAACCAACUGUGACAGGCUAGCACUUCUUGUCAAUAAAGAGCCUCCACAUAAAAGACAAAGUGCAAAAAUGUAUGAAAAAGAAGAAAGGGAAAGAGAUGAAUUACUUAACAGAAAAUUUGCACCAAAUAAUAGUGGCGAAACGUCCAUUAUGAUUGACCAUGCCUUACAACACAACACUGGACUACAGAAUGCUAAUAGAGGGAUGGAUGAUAUGUUAAGUAGUGGGUCAAGUAUACUCACAGGACUGAGAGAACAGAGGAACAUGCUAAAGGGUACUCAGAAACGAAUUCUCGACAUUGCAAAUACACUAGGUUUGUCAAAUACAGUUAUGAGAUUGAUUGACAAGAGAGCAACUCAGGAUAAAUGGAUAGUGAUUGGUGGGGCUGUUGUAACGUGUAUAAUAAUGUUCUUUGUUGUGAAGUACCUCACCUAAUAAAGUACCUCACUUAUUGAAGUACCCAUUUAAUGAUGGGCAAAUGAAUGUUAACAUUGCAGACCAAUGAGACAUUAUGUGCAAACUGUAGGCUGCACACAAACUGUUAUUUCUACCAGAAGUAAUUAUAAUGUUUACAUGCUAACAAAUCCAAAGACACAAUUCCCAUUUUUGUCUACCUCACAGAGUUUUAAAUACAGAAUUCAAGAUGACAAACACAAACGACUUUAACAAUAAAUGUCGCAAAAAAUGUAAAUUAGAUCAUGGGACCAU